CAUUGCACCAACAUUGCAUCGCAUCGCACCAACAUUGCAUCGCACCAACAUUGCAUCGCAUCGCACCAACAUCGUAUCAUUGAGUUUUUGUACUACAAGUAUGCAGCGCGCAUAUAUGCAGCCUGCACAGCAUAGUAACCAGUAUUUGCUCGAACACUGCAAAACAUUAGAACUUCAAAUCGUGAAAUUGACUAGCGAACGUGACACGCUCAAAUCGAUGUUUCAACAACUUUCAAGCGCUGUUCGGCUGCAUCAAACGGACUCGCUCGACCUUGACUGUACCCUCAUUUCCUCAGUUCCAGCUACUGCUAACCGGCCAACUCGCGUCAUCCAUCCGAAGAUUCGGUUUUGGACCAAUGACGACUUCUUAGGAUGGCUGGAUUCUCCCGACGGCCGUCGAGCUGACCGCGGGAAAGUGCCGUAUCUCGAGGAUGAGAACGGUGAUCCACUUACCGACCCGAUAGUCAAGUCUAUCCGGAAACUUCUUCGUGGUGCUUGGGCGGAGCUCGUCAGACGAGUCGACCCUACCGUGAAUAUCCUGCCUUCGACGCCAGACUCUCUCUUGGCACCAUCGCCUACUAUGCCUAACUCGUUAGCUGCCGAGUCCAUGCUACUGCUAUCCAGGUCUCACCCUACCACCCCUUCUCGAGCGCCGUCUCCAACAAUUCGUUUGUCUCCGAUAUUACUGCCCAACAAUCCCGAUUCUCGGCAGCUACCAGCUAUACCACCUGCUUCUCCGGAGUUUAUUGUAGCGGAGAAGGAGAAUAUUCCUCCACCAACGCCUGAUCCUAUUGCACCGCCAAUUAAAAUUAUAAUGACUAAUUCACUUUCUACGCUUGCGCUAGCUGCUGUCGGCACACUGAUCCCACCACUCCCACCCUCCAUCGAUCCUCCUCUCAAGGCUCCUCUAGCAAAUGACAGCGCUGAUUCGAAGGGUAAAAAAGGCAAGGCCGACGACUUCGCAAGCGGCAAGGGCACCAGUAAAACUAGCAAGAAGAUGCGUCCAAGCCCAACUAGAAACGGACGCAAUCUGUGUGCUCUUCGCUGGCUCAAGCAAAUCAAAACCGACGGGACAACAGAAGAGUUUUGUUUGUAUUACGUGGAUCUCACUGCAGAACAGCGCAAGAAUUAUGAUGACGAGGCAUCUGCGCUAGUUGCCAGCAACACUUGGGUGAAGAAUGUUUGCGAUGGAGCAAUGCACUAGUAGACACUCGACGUUCCCGCACCUCCUUUCGAUCUCGUACCUGCUUUUGACGUUCCCGCACCUGCUUUCG